AGUAGCAUCAGCAGCAGCAGCAGCAGCAGCCGCCGCCACAGCAGUGGCAGUAGCGACAGUAGCAGCAUUUAGCAAUAGCUUUAACAGCGAUAGCGGCAGUAGCAGCCGCCCUCCUCUCUCCCUCCUGCGGACGGCCGCAGCCACGGCGCUCAGCGGGCUCCAGCGCCGUGCGCGCAGCCCACUGGUGAGAUAGCCCCGGCCGGAGCAGUCGGCGGUGCACUAGAAGAGCGGACCCCAGGAGCAGCCGGCGGCCACUGAGGCGCUGAGUUUUAGGGCCAUAACCAGACAGCUCUGAAGCCAUCCAGCACCGCCGCGGCGGCGGCGCCUGAGGGAGAGAGGCGCGUCCACCUGGCGGGCCCGGCGCAUGGAGCUGAGGCAGAGGCGGCGGCGGCGGCGGCAGCACUAGCAACAGCGGCGGCGGGGACAGCUUGAGCAGCUGCGGCGACCGCAGCAGCCCAGCCCUGACUGCGGCCGCGCUAGCCCCAGCGCCAGCUGCCUGAGUCCGCCGGCGACGCGUGUCUCCGGAGUCGGCCUGGGAGGUUGAACAGCAUUUGGACUUGGAAUGAAACAAUAAGAGGUUCCAUUCAUGGAUAACCAACAAGAUAAGGCUAUUGUUGCCUCAACCAACGGAGAAAACACUAUGAUUAAUGGGGUCAAGGAAAAUGAUUCAGAGGACCAGGAUGUGGCAAUGAAGUCAUUUGCAGCUCUAGAGGCUGCUGCACCAAUCCAGUCUAUACCGGUGGCUCAAAAAGAGAACCUGAUGUACCCCAGAGGUCUCCUGCCUCUGCCCUCUAAGAAGCCCUGUAUGCAGAGCCCUCCCUCUCCUUUGGGCCUGAUUGAAGCACCUGAGCAUACUGCUAAUAGUGCUUCUGUGAAUGCCAUCUCCCUUACAUCUGGUGUUGCAAAGGGCCUGAACACAUGGUCAUUGCCCAAUGAGUGUGAGAAAGCUCCAUUUGCCAUAAUGGAGCCUGCAGGCAUGUCAGCUCUGAAUGGGGACUGCCUCAUGCAGCCAAGCCGGACUUGCUUGGGCUGCUUCAUGGAAUCCAAGGAUGCAGUAGAUCCUGAGCCAGGGAUCAGUCUAAAAGUCAGUGAUCUAAACAGGGAUUAUGAAACCUGUGCAGUCUCUGAUAUAGGGAUUCAGUGUAUUAAUGCUGGAGAAAACAUGAAAUACGGAGAACAGCUUCUCUCAGAUCAGCUCCUAGGCUUCCCCUUGCACAAAUCAAGGGCAGGAGAUAGACGAGAAGCUGAGAAACCUGACAUUGACUUGGAGGACCCAGGUCAGAAAAGUUAUUAUGAGGCAUUACUGUUAGAUAAGUGCAAUACAGAAGAGGCUUUGCUGGCAAAUUCCAAUCAGGAUUGGGGUUACUUUGAGACUUUCAUUAGUGAGAGUAAGAUCGAACUACUUGACCUCUGUUCCAAGAAUGAGCUGUCUGUCAACCUGUUCUCUGAAGAAGAUGUGGAUAACUACAUGUUUGAUGAUGAUGAGUCAACACUGGGCAGUGAUGUCUGCUCCCUGAAAAUUCGAUAUGAGUCCUUCCAGGACAAUGUUCGAGACAAGACCACCCUUUUGAUGCAGGAGGAUGCCCAGUUCAACUUUUUUCCCAGUGUCUUUACUACCUGCCCCAAGCGGGAGUCUAAGACUGGGGCCCUGAAGCAAAGUAGCGAUUUUUCCCAAUUCAAGGUCCCUGAUGUGAGCAUUAUCUGGGGGGAGGAAGAUAAAAACCUGGACAAGAAGAAAGGCAAAGAAGAAGGCCAGGAAGAAAAAGGUGCAGAGAAAAAAGAUGGGAAGGAUAAUGAAGAAAAAUCUGCCUUAAAUAAACCAUGCAGUGGAACUGAAGUAGAGCAAUUUAAGAAUCUAAAGCAAGGCCAUCUUGCCAAUUCCUUGGAAGCAUCAGGGAAUUUCAGUGAUGGUAGUUCCUUCAUUGAGGUCUCAUUUGAUACCAUGGGGGAGAUCAAGGACUGUAGCCGCUAUAUGGCUCGGGACACUAAUUCUGGCAGCUCCUCCUCCCAGCAGAACUAUGGGCUACGAGCCAAGAGAAAAGUCAGGUAUAGUGAAGAUUAUCUGUAUGAUGUUGACUCACUAGAGGGUGAAAAAGUAAAUGAGAGGAAGGAAUGGCUGCCAGGUGGUUCUAUAGAAGAAGAUGAUGAUGAAUGGUGUCCCAAAAAGAGAAGAAAAGUAACCCGUAAGGAGCCCCCUGUUAUUAUCAAAUAUAUUAUCAUCAACCGUUUUAAAGGUGAGAAAAACAUGCUGGUGAAGUUGGGUAGAGUGGAUGCCAGUGAAACAACAGUUAAUUUGAGUGAAAAUCAGCUCAACAAAUAUGCCAAGCUGGCUCCCUUGAAGGGCUUCUGGCAAAAGAAGAAAAAGCAGAGAAACAGCAAUGCAGACUCCAGCAAAACAUCCUUAUGCCAAAAGCAAAGCUUUGAACCAGGUAGCUUUGAGAUGUCAUUUCUGCCACCUGCUCGUAAACGAAAAUCUAAACUUGGCAACAGGCACAGGAUUCAAAGAAUCCCAUCCAUAGAGACGUCAGCAAGUGGUAAGCAGGUUUCAUUCUGCAAUGAUGAGAGGCAAACUAAUAAUUGUAAAGAAGAUGGAGGCCUGAAAGGCACACUGAAGUCAGCACCUCUGGCUUCCCCCAGUUGUGCAAAUGGAUCACAUUUAAAUGACAUCACAGGUCCUGACUCAGAGAAAGUCAAAGCCCAAGAUGGUCAAUUUAAGGGACCAGAGAGGAAAGUGCUUAACAAAAUCAAAUUUAAAAGUGAAGCCAGGUUAAAAUCCAAGAAAAUCAAAGCUGGGCAAGAAAGCAAGCCAGUUGUUCAAAUGAGUCCUAUUUUGGAAAACCAAUCCUCCAAGGCUAAUUCAAAGAAUGAAGCCAUUCCUGGGACCUCAAACAGUUCGCAUCUAUCUGAAUUUCAUGAGACAAAGGUUGCUAAGAAUUCUACUUUCCUACCAACCAGCUGCUCUUCUGAAAUGCCUCUAUCAUCUGCUCAUGUUGCCAACAAUAUACCUGUUAUUCCUGGAGGGUAUCUACAGACAUUGUUAGAUGCUUCUGACUUGUCAAAUAAUACUGGUAUCUCAUACUUCAAUCAUCAUUCUCCAGAGCAAAACGAAGACAGGCUCACUCAAACAGAAAAAUCAUUUGUACCUCUCCAACCUGCCCAGGACUGUGUGCUUUCCUCACCUGCUGAGUCUCAGCUGCUUCAGUCAUCCCAAAACUUCAAAAUGGAAUCAAACAGCUAUGGAGAUGUGUGGCACAACAAACCUGCUUCUGGCUCCCAGGAAUUCAUUGCUGAAGUCUCAAGGGAGAUAGCUCCAACCCAGUCCAGUGAAUAUGGAGUCUCCCAAGUAGUCUCCAUGGAAAAUAGCCUCACAGCUACAACAUACAAUCCAAUCUGUCUCAAUAGUGGUGGAAGUAGUUGCAACAAGGUCAUAUAUACCUCUGUGCAAGACACCCAGCUCUCAUCUGAUGACUCUUACCAAUUAUGUCACUUUAAUAAUGGAGAGGUCUGCUUUCCUUUCCAGCACGGUCCAGUCAAUAUGGACGAUGUGCGGCUCUUUAGCUUUGAUUCCAUUGCCCCACUCUCUGUCAACUCAAGCAAUUAUUGCUCCUUAAGCUUGAAAUCCUGUGAAAAGGAUGGUGAUGAUGAUAUUGCUGAUGACUUCUUGGCCCACUGCAGCCCCAAGCUGGUGAUCCAGCAGAGCAUUGAUGAGAUAGCACCACUAAAGGAGUCCACUGACCUUUUGGAUAUCUCCAACUUCACUCCUGACAAAUUCCGCCACUCUUCUCUCUCAGAGAUAUCUCCACCUGAUACUCCCAGUCUUUCCCCUCAAAUUACCAGAUGUGAGAAUAUCAAGACACUAGGAACACUAAAAGGAUUCCAAGAGGGUGUCCCAGGAACACUGGGCAAUAUGGAGAAAAUCAAGUGGGACUGCAGUACCCUUUCACGGCAGGUUCAAGUGGAUGAUGGAUUUACUUUAAAUAACCAUCAGUUUCAAUUCCAUAUGUUCAAUGAUGAGGAUUCUGUCAGCCUGCUCCAGAAAGCCCCUUGCUUAUCAACAUUUAAUGAUCCAUCUAGUCAAAUGAGUACCAGCAGCAAGGUGCCAAAAUCAAGAAAGAAAAGUUCACCCAGCAAGAGUGGGGCUAUGAACCAAAGCUCUUCUCAGAAAAACAACAGGAAAAAAUCCCCCAAAGGCAACAACAAAGGGAUUGAAAAACCACCUGGCAAAACCUCCCGCCAGGUCCCUAAGUCAGCAAAGAAAGGGAAAUUCAUGGCUGCAAUCAAUGGAGAGAAAAUGCAAAUUGGCAUCAGUCGUGGAGGAGGCCAAAUCAACAGCAUAUCCUCCACGGGGAAGACAUUGGCUGAAUGUAUCCAACAUGGCCCUGUGGCCUCUAUGAAGAUGCCAAGUCAGAAGGGACUUUCGGGAGACUGGUCUUUAAGUCAGAAGGGACUUUCUGGAGACUGGUCUUUGGGGAAGGAGAGCAGCCCAGGUUGGAAUGACAUGAACAUGGGCACCAACACCAACAACCUUUUGGAUGAUGACCAACGGGAAUUUCAGGAGCCUUCAUAUAUCUUGUCCAACAUUGCCUCUGGUAUGGCAGAUGUGCAGAGGUUCAUGAUGGCCUCCAUAGAACCCCUUUGGGAACCCAUGGAGCACCAUGGGGACCCCAAUAUAUUCUACUCCCCUGAGUCCAAUAGUCUAAAAUUAAAAACCCUCAAAAUAUUGGCUGGGACACCACAGGAAUCUAAGAAAAAGGUCAACAAUGGCUCUCCAGGAGCCACUAAGAAUCACAGGUCUAUCAAGGGUGUGAGUAAAAGCAAUGGGAAAGCAGUGAUAGGUGAUCCUGGUCGUGCAAGCAUGUCUGGUUAUAAUGAGGACUCUCGCUCUGCCUUCUUUGAUAAAAAGCUUAAUAACCUGAGCACUUUAGGCAAUAAUGUACCGACACACAAAAAGUUAUAUCGUCACAAAACCAGCUCCAAGGCCCUGAGAGAAGAGAAGUGUAAGGGAAAGCGCAUGGAGCGAGAACAGGUCCACAAGGAUGAGGCUGGGACAGCUUCUUUUGAAAAACUGAGGGAUUCCGACUACAAUCUCCUAAAAGCAGAAACAACAUUUUGGGUUUUACCUGUGUUUGAAGAAGAGACUCGCAUUUUCCAGAAAGACAUUUGAUGUUUGUGUUUUAUUUCUUUCAAAAUAUGCCUUGUGGUAUGUAUGUUGACAUGUAAGUGCUUAAAGAAAAGAAUUUUAAAGUGUGGGAAUAAGUCUUUAGAAGCAAACUUUAAUCUGAUGUUCUAUGUAAAAGACUUUAGAAGUCAUACAGUUGCACAAGUAGUUUAUGCACUAUUUAUCCAAGGGGAAAUAAAGGAAAACAUUGUGCCAAACUACAAACAAGUGACUGUAUUGUAUAUAUUUUUACUUCUAUAUCAACAUUUGGUUGUGAGUAUUUGGGGAACUUGUCCCUGUUAAUUUACUAGAAACAUUCCAGUGAUUAUUGCUAUUAACCACCCCCACUUAUGUGGAUAGCACCUGUAGAUCACAGUGGAAAAAUAUGUUGUGUUACACAAUUUACCAAAACUUAAAGGAUACUGUUUGAAAUGUGCCAAAUUUCCUUACCUCAUCUUACAUAUUCACCCCCACAGUUUAAAGCUCAUUAAUUAAUUUAAAAUAUAAGAAUACAUACCUUAUUUUUAAAAUUAAAAUUCUACUGUCCUGUGUGGAAACAUGAACCAUUAAAUAAGGCACAAAAAGGUUUGUUUGUUCCAUUGUCUAAGGGUUAAAGUGUUGGAAAAGUCUGAAAGUCACAACAGCUAAGUCCAUCAGGGACCCAAGUAUAUGCAUUUACAGAAACUUUUACAAGGAAACAAAGCAGCUGCUUUAAAGUUUGUUUUCUAAAAGGAAAAUCUGUAUCUGAAAAUUAUUUAAAGUGCAAAGUUAUAUUGCUGAUACUUUAUAUCUCAGUUUUAUAUAUUUUAUAAUAGUCUGGGAUAAAUUAUAAAAUAGCUAUAAAAUCAAGACUAAGAUAAAUGAAAUACAUAGAUUGCUUUUAAGUAGUUUCAUAAAUGUUUUAUUCCAGUUUUGUCAGAAGUGCACUCAUAUCAUGGCUUUAGUGUUAAGUGUUUAAUCUUGCAAUGCCAAUGUCAUUUAAAGAAAAUGUUAAGGUAUCUCAGUUAGAUGCCUACGAAUCACAUACAUAUAUUUGAUAAACUGAAUAAUUUGUAACAACUAAUUGGGGCCAUAUAUACUUAGUCUGAGGAUGACUAGAGUAUCUGAUGCCACACACUAAACUUAAAUCUCAAUCUUUUAUAUAAAUUUUUGAAAUCACAUUUUUUAUUUAGCCCUUUCCCUUUUUAAAAAAUUUCACAGCCCCAACAUCCCUCACAACUAGCUUUUUCUUCCCUUUUAUUCACCACUUGACUUCUAACAUUUGAUCUCUUUUCCUUGCACAGUUGAAGGCCUGUGUGUCUGAUGACUGAUGCAUUAUGGCACAGAUGAGAUAAUGGAUGUGAAAGCGCUUUGUAGAUCGUAAAGUGCUAUACAGAUAUAGGGGAUUAAUAUUAUUAAUGUUGUUGGUUGUUGUUGUUGUUACUCUUACUAUUCUUACUAAUAUUGUUACUAACCUAUUAACU